CCCAAACCGAGCUGCCUGAAAUGAGCAAUCGAUUCAUCCUCUCUUUCUCCCGAAGCUCUUCAGCUCUUUCACCCUGGAGCUCUUCAUUUCUCUCCGUCCUACCCGCCCGCCCCAACUGCAGGCCCGACUACCUCCGAACUACUGUAGACCCGAGCCUCCCACUUUACCUCCGAUUCACCCCAGGCCAGGGGGACAGGUCGAGGCCAUAACCCUGGGAACUUUUCACGCCAUCGCAGGUCUCAACUCUGCACACGGUUCUCUUUCAUACAGAGUUAUCGCUCCUAAAGUGGGGGAAACUAAGGAAAGGAUUUGGGAGAAGAUCCUGGGACCUUACAGGGACUGUGAGGGAAACUGAGGGAAGGGAGACCUGACUAGGGUGAACCAGAUCCGGAGGGAAAUGGGAUAUUGAAUGCAUUGAGCACCUGCUCGCUUCCUCCCAUCAUAUCAUUGCUAGAGCCAGUCUAGGAAGGGAAGACUCUAGAGAGUUCUCUCUCCCGCCUUCCUUCCCUUAGUCCCACCCGCCUUGCCUGGUCUUGCUUGCCUCCCUGUUUCCAUGACAACUCCAAGGGAGCCCAAACUGGGGGCUUGAAUGCCGGGGUGAGAGGAGGAGAGACGCAGUCCAAAGCGGAGAGAGACCGAGCGGGGUUACGUCUGAAGCGCUCCCCCUCCCUCGCCUCGGUCCCUUUAAGCUCCCCCUCUUGCCGCUCUACCCCCGCCCCCCGCCGCUGUCUUCAUCUCUCCAUCUCUGCGCUGCUGCCGGCUGGGCUGCGCAAUCCGCGCACCCAGACUCUGGCGCCAGCCGGGGACCCCGACUCCGGCUGCAGGGACCCUGUUCCAGCGAUACCGCAGGCAUGUCAUCCGAAAAGUCAGGUAAAAAAUAACAACAAAAUCUCCCAUCCUCUCCACCGUCUUCUGACUCUCCCCAACCCUUGGCCCAAACCCCCUUCCUUACCCCUCCCAAGCGGGUGGUUCUGUUUCAUUCCUUUUCUAUCUUGCGCUCAACGUUCCCCCUCCCCCGUCCCCAAUCCCUCUCCUCUUUCUAUAACCCUCUCUUCUGUUCCUUUCCUCCUUCCAGUCUCAGCCUCGGCCCCUUGCCAGCAACAGGGCAGGGGGCAGGUUGAGAGGGUGAGGGAAGUAGAAGAGUAGCUUAGCUUCAGCCAGGUACUGCAGGGAUAGCAUCACUGGGAGGGACAGAGGGACAGAUGACAUUGGCUCGCAUGGAGACAUACAGUGGGGAAAUAUGGAGACAUGAUCAGAUGGGGGUUAUCAGGGGAGUAAAAUCCAGAGGACCCUUCUUUAUCAGCCCUAAAAGAGUUACUGAGAUUCCCAGAGAGGCUAGGGCAUCCCUUCCCCACUGAAGGAACGGCAGAGUGGAACAUGUCAUCCUACAUAUGUUUAUACAACUGUCGGACUGAGCACAUGUUAACAUAGUGUUGCAUGUGUACACAUGUGCACACACAGGAGCAGCUCAGAUAGGCAAGUCCAAAGGCAGCCAAAAACCAAGGAAGUGGGAGAUUGGGUCUGCAGGUGAAAGCUGUGUGCACCUUGCUGAAGAAGGGAGAGGAGCAGAGGAGAGUUGUGACCUCAAAACUAGAUUGAAAGGAAGAAAGGGGGGGGACAGAUGGCCUAGAUACAACCCCUCUCCUGCCCCAAGAAUGAGACAUGAUUUCUCACCCAUUUCCCCUGACUGUCUCCAUCCCUGACCCUGUGUCUCCCCCUACCCCUCCUUAUCUCAUCUCUGUCUGUCUUCUCUCCCCAUACCUUCGCCUCUGCUCACCGCCUCCAGGCCUCCCGGACUCAGUCCCUCAUACCUCUCCACCACCCUACAAUGCCCCCCAGCCCCCGGCCGAACCCCCUGCCCCACCCCCACAGGCAGCCGCCUCUUCGCACCAUCAUCACCACCACCACUACCACCAGUCUGGCACGGCCACCCUUCCGCGCUUAGGAGCAGGGGGCCUGGCUUCUUCCGCGGCAACCGCUCAGCGCGGUCCCUCAUCCUCUGCCACUCUGCCGCGGCCCCCACACCAUGCCCCUCCAGGCUCAGCAGCCGGGGCUCCCCCACCGGGCUGCGCUACCUUGCCCCGCAUGCCACCCGACCCUUACCUGCAGGAGACUCGCUUCGAGGGCCCACUGCCCCCGCCGCCGCCUGCCGCCGCCGCCCCGCCCCCGCCGGCGCCCGCUCACACUGCCCAGGCCCCAGGCUUCGUGGUGCCCACGCAUACGGGGGCGGUGGGCACGCUGCCGCUAGGGGGCUACGUUGCCCCCGGCUACCCCUUACAGCUGCAGCCUUGCACUGCCUACGUGCCAGUCUACCCGGUGGGCACGCCCUACGCAGGUGGGACCCCUGGGGGAACGGGAGUAACCUCCACGCUCCCCCCGCCACCUCAGGGUCCAGGGCUGGCCCUGCUGGAGCCGAGGCGCCCGCCGCACGACUACAUGCCCAUCGCGGUGCUGACCACCAUCUGCUGCUUCUGGCCUACCGGCAUCAUCGCCAUCUUCAAGGCAGUGCAGGUGCGCACGGCCUUGGCCCGCGGAGACAUGGUAUCGGCCGAGAUCGCCUCACGCGAGGCCCGGAACUUCUCCUUCAUCUCCCUGGCGGUGGGCAUCGCAGCCAUGGUGCUCUGUACCAUCCUCACCGUAGUCAUCAUCAUUGCCGCUCAGCACCACGAGAACUACUGGGAUCCGUAAGGACGCCCCCGGCCCGGCCCCACCCUGCGCCCCUUAACCUCCCAAGUGCGUUCUGCAGUCACGCCGUGGAUCCAAUGGGCGCCUUGCACAGCCGCCUUUGGGGCCACCGGACUUCCAUAAAUCCUAAACUUGGCCUCCAUGGAACCUCUCGCCUUGCGGGCACGCUCCGAAUCCAGUUCCUCAGGAACCCCGAAGAAGCCCACACCCCCAGGGACGCCGCUUCCCGGGAUCCCCGCCAAAUGCGGGGCCCUCAGUUGCCCCAGGCCCCCACCCUCUCUAAAAGCAGCACCCCCAGUCGAGCUCCUUGGGUCUCUGCUCCGCAGCCUGGAGACUGUUCCCUAAAGCCCCGCCUCCUCUGUAGGCUCAGCCCCGGCUCUGACAAAACCCCGCCGCCAGGUCGGCAGGCUCCGCCUUCUUUUCUUCCCCGCGGGGUGAUUCAGUCCGGUGAUUGGGUUUGUGGCGCCAAGCCUCGCCCCCAGACCGACAAACUCCUCCCCUUCUCCCGGCGCGGGGGCCGAGGCCCGGGGUAGCCAGGACCCCACGCUCACUCCACUUUUUGCUAGUACAGUUUUGUCUCUCCUCCACCAGGGUCUCCGCCUAUUUUCUUGCUAAUCCCGGAACCUCUAUCUACUUUUGUGCUUUUUAAGAAUGAGAUUUGGGAGGUUCCGAGUUUAAGACCCUUCACCUUGGGAUGAAGAUUACGUCUCCGUUCUCUGUAAAUACUCCCACUUAUCCCAACCCCUGGGCAGCCGGGUAGGAGGGAACCCAGGGUACAGACCUCCCAAUGUCGGGAGGGAGCCGGCCCUCUCCCCACACCCCUUGGCGGUCUCCACGUUGUUCUGAUCUGUGUGUGAGUGUGUGUGAAUUUCUGAAAGACAAUAUUAAAGAGACUAAGUGGAUUUAUCACCCGCAA